UCUCCCUCCACCUCCUCCUCGUCUUCGUCGUCGUCCUGGUCUGGUCCUCGUCCGGUCCGGGGCCGGCCCCGGUCCUGGUUCUGGUCUGGUUCUGAUCUGGUUCCGAUCCGGUCCUGAUCCGGUCCUCAUCUGGUCCUGAUUCGGUCCUGAUCCGGUCCUCAUCUGAGCCUGGUCCUGCUUCUGGUCCGUCCCGGGUCCCGGUUCUGGUCUGCUUCUGAUCCGGUCCUGGUCCCGGUUCUGGUCUGCUCCUGAUCCGGUCCUGGUCCCGGUUCUGGUCUGGUUCUGAUCCGGUCCUGGUCCCGGUUCUGGUCUGGUCCUUUUCCGGUCCUGGUCCCGGUUCUGGUCUGCUCCUGAUCCGGUUCUGAUCCUGUCCUGGUCCCGGUUCUGGUCUGCUCCUGAUCCGGUCCUGGUCCCGGUUCUGGUCUGCUCCUGAUCCGGUCCUGGUCCCGGUUCUGGUCUGCUCCUGAUCCGGUCCUGGAUCUGGUCUGGUUCCGGUCUGGCCUUGGUCUGGUUCUGAUCUGGUUCCGAUCCGGUCCUGAUCCGGUCCUCAUCUGGUCCUGAUCCAGUCCUGGUCCGGUCCUCAUCUGGUCCUGAUCCAGUCCUGGUCCUGGUCUGGUCCUGAUCCAGUCCUACUCUGGUCCCGGUUCUGGUCCGGUCCUGCUUCUGGUUCUGGUCCUAAUCCGGACCUGAUCCGGUCCUGGUUUGGUCUGGUCCUGGCCCUGAUCCGGUCCUGAUCUGGUCCUGGUUCUAGUCCGGUCCUGGUCCUCGUCUGGUCCUGGUCCUGGUUCCGUUUUCCCGGUCCCUGUCUGGUCGCUGUCAUCCCACCGCAGAGCUCGAGGCCUCAGACCCGGACGGUCAUCGAUCUCCUGGCGUUGGGCUGCGGGGGACCACCGCUCCAGCAUCUGCUCCGAGACACUCCACGCUCGGUCUCACAGAAGCGCCCUGUUCCCCUUGGCCGGACCCUGGGCCCGCAAGGGCAGCGGAACGAAGAUGACCCCUGAGGGGCAGGCGGCACCGGCCCGGGCCCGGCGGUGACGGGAGGUCUGGCCCCGGACGCUCUGUCCAUGGCCCUGCGCCCCUGAAGCCAAGAUGAUGAAGACCGAGCCUUCUGGAGAAAGGGCUCCGCUGCGAAGCGCCUCUCCCCACCGGAACGCUUACCGGACCGAAUUCCAGGCCCUGAAGAGCGCCUUCGACAAGCCCAAGCCGGAGGGCGAGGCCAAGGCCAAAGGUCAGGCCACCCAGCAGACCCGAGGGCGGAAGUAUGGCACCAACGUCAGCAGGAUCAAGAACCUCUUCAUGCAGAUGGGCCUGGAGCCCAGCGAACCAGUCCCGGCCCCGGCCAGGCCCAAGGGCCAGGGGUCCGCGGGGUCCCCUCCGCGCAGGCCCCGGCCCCGCGAGCUGGUGGAGAAGGCGGACGGCUCCGUCCUCCGGCUGGAGUCCUCCGUGUCCGAGCGGAUCAGCAGGUUCGACACGCUGCCUGACGGCCCGUCUUACUCCAGGGUCACGGAGACCCGGCGGAUGUUCGAGAGGAACGGGGGCCGGGGUCCAGGCUGCUCCCCAAGGAAGGAGGGGGCCGGUGAGCCCCCUGAUGGCUGGGCCUCCUCCAGGUCCAACCGAGGCAGCAGCGACUCUCUGGACAGCCUGAGCUCCCGGACGGAGGCCGCGUCCCCCACCGUGACCCAGCUCAGCGCCGUCUUUGAGAAUGCCGAGUCGUCCGGGGUCCCGGAGAAGCCGGGGAACAAGGAGGAGUACUCCGUGACUGGGCACUACCCGCUCAACCUCCCCGCCACCGUCUCCAGCCUCGACGCCUUUGGCCACCUGAAGGACCCUGGCUCCUGGCCCCCGGGCGGCCCGGACUCCAGCAGCCCGUCCCCCACCCGAGAGGAGGCCUCCCCGAGCCCCGAGCCUGGACCCACCGACGCUGCCCUGCGGGUAAAGGGGAGCCCGGAAUCCCCGGCACCUGCCCAGGAAGCUCCGGAACCAAUGGACCCCUGUCAUGAGGCCGAGAACCCCGAGGCCGAGGCCGGACCCCCGGAGGGCUCCGGACCGCCAUCGCCCCAGAUCGAGGCCCCGGGGGACAGCGGCGAGAGCAGGCCAUCAGAGGGCCCGCGGGACCCCGUGCCCGGGGAUGAUGGCCUCCAGGCCGGGGCCACCCCGGACCCCUGCCCUGGUGACGCCAGUGGCCGGGACGGGCCUCAGGACUCCAACGGGGAGGCCAAUGCCCACGUCUACAUGCAGAGCGACUACAGUGUCUACCGGGUGCGCUCCAGGUAUAGUUCGGACUGGGGAGAGACGGGCACCGAGCAGGACGACAGCGACGAGGGCAACUACUACGGGCCGGAUGGGGAGUAUUCCGAGAUCGGCGGCCUGCCGGAGGAGGAGGAGAUUCCAGCCCACCGGAAGAUUCAGUUCAGCCGUGCUCCGAUUAAGGUUUUCCACACCUACUCCAACGAAGACUACGACCGGCGAAACGACGAGGUGGAUCCGGUGGCGGCCUCGGCUGAGUACGAGCUGGAGAAGCGCGUGGAGAAGCUGCUGCUGUUCCCCGUGGAGCUGGAGAAAGAUGAGGACGGGCUGGGCAUCAGUAUCAUCGGGAUGGGCGUGGGCGCCGACGCCGGGCUGGAGAAGCUGGGAAUAUUCGUCAAGACGGUGACGGGCGGCGGGGCGGCCCAGCGGGACAGUCGGAUCCAAGUGAAUGACCAAAUCGUGGAGGUGGACGGAAUCAGCCUGGUGGGCGUCACGCAGAACUUUGCGGCCACGGUCCUCAGGAACACCAAGGGCACCGUCAGGUUUGUGAUUGGGCGUGAAAAGCCGGGACAAAUGAGCGAGGUGGCCCAGCUGAUCAGCCAGACCCUGGAGCAGGAACAGCGGCACAGAGAGCUGCUGGAACAGCAGUACGCCCAGUACGAUGCCGACGACGACGAGACAGGGGAAUACGCCACGGACGAGGAGGACGAGGGCAUGGGACCGGUCCUUCCUGGCGGCGACAUGGCCAUUGAGGUAUUUGAACUUCCUGAGAACGAUGACAUGUUUUCCCCAUCAGAGUUGGAGGCGAGCAAACUCAGUCACAAGUUCAAAGAGCUGCAGAUCAAGCACGCCGUCACGGAAGCUGAGAUUCAGAAGCUGAAGACCAAGCUGCAGGCCGCCGAGAACGAGAAGGUGCGGUGGGAGCUGGAGAAGAGCCAGCUCCAGCAGAACAUCGAGGAGAACAAGGGGAGGGCGCUCAAGCUGGAGAGCUACUGGAUCGAGGCGCAGACGCUGUGCCACACGGUCAACGAGCACCUGAAGGAGACCCAGAGCCAGUACCAGGCCCUGGAGAAGAAAUACAACAAGGCCAAGAAGCUGAUCAAAGACUUCCAGCAGAAAGAACUCGAUUUCCUCAAACGGCAGGAAGCGGAGAGGAAGAAAAUCGAAGAUCUGGAGAAGGCUCACCUCACAGAAGUCCAGGGCCUCCAGGCCCGGAUUAGAGAUUUGGAAGCAGAGGUGUUCCGGCUGCUGAAACAGAAUGGGACUCAGGUCAACAACAACAAUAACAUCUUCGAGCGGAGAGAUGCCCUGGAAAACCUGGAAGCCAAGCCGGAGUCGGGCCCGGAGUCGGGCUUAAGUACAGAGCUGCCCUCAACCGAAGGGGUGCCGGAAACGGAGCAUCCGGAUCCGAAGGCGCUGAAGGCCCGAGCGCAGCUGUCCGUGAGGAACAAGCGCCAGAGGCCCUCCGGGACCAGGCUGUACGACAGCAUCAGCUCCACCGAUGGGGAGGACAGCCUCGAGCAGAAGAACUUCCCCGGGAGCGAUGACUUCAAUCCCAGCAGCACCAGCUCGGCUGAUCUGAGCGGCCUCGGGGCAGAGCCCAAGACACCCGGACUCUCUCAGUCCUUAGCCCUGUCAUCUGAUGAGAUACUCGACGAGGGCCAGUCCCCCAAACGCAGCCCGGGGCCCGGCCGCGCCAUCCAGGACUGGACCGUGCAGCAGGUCGGACACUGGCUCACCGGGCUGAGCCUGGAGCAGCACGUGGCUGAGUUCAGCGCCCAGGGCAUCGAUGGCCAACUCCUCCUGCAGCUGGACAGCGGGAGGCUCAAGGCGCUGGGCGUGACCUCGUCCCAGGACCGAGCCAAGGUGAAGAAGAGGCUGAAGGAGAUGAAGGUCUUGGUGGAGAGAGCACGCAAGGCCCAGGAGAAGAUGGAGAAGCAGCGGGCCAAACUAAGGCGGAGGGAGCAGGAGCAGCUCCAGAGGAAAUCCAAGAGGUCGGAGAAGCCGCCGGGCGGUCAGUGACGGACGCUCGGCCCGGCUCCCGCC